AUGGCUCCAGGCAAGAAAUCCAAGCCAACUGAGGUCCAGAGAGACACUGAAGAUAGCUCAUCCGAUAACAAGCCCAAAUCUUUCAAAGGAAAGAGGCGCGUCUCAACCAAGAAUGCUGCCCCUAAGCGCCCAAUACCCUCGGCAGUCCUCAAAUAUGCCAAGAAACGCAAUUUUGAAAUCGCCGAGGAAGACAGCGAAGAUGAUGGUACAAACAAGCCUUCCAAGAGGCGCAAGAAGAAAAAUAGCAAUAAGAAGCUUUGGGGCUACGAUGAUUUCACACAUCGUGAAUUGCCCCCAUCGCGAGACUACGGCGCAACAUUUGCAGCAAAGUCGACGGCUCAUUAUACAUGGGGAGUACCCAGCCUUGUCUUUUCUACACCUCCACCCAUAGGGAAGGAACCUGAAAAAGCCAAUACACCAACCAAGAACAAGGGCAAGGGGAAAGAAAUCGCCAAACCGGGGCGCUCUUCAGUUCCAACUCAAUCCGAUGGCGGAGGAGGUGGCAGCUCCUCCAGCGCUGCCAACCCAGAAUCUUCCAAAAGGGGACCAUUGGGAGAAAAGAAAGGCGUCGAAGAGACGACUAAAGCGGUCAAGGAAGUAGGUAAUUUUCCGAACGAAACCUCAUUCCUACUUUUCCCCCUUGAAAUCAGACAAAGGGUUUACAGAUAUCUCCUUGUGGCCGAUAACCCUGUGCGAGUCCGGCAGGGCUGGUCCGCAGUGUAUCCCAGAAAUCGCCCCUGUCUCGAAACGUCCAUCUUGCGAGUCUGCCGCCAAGUCAGAAAUGAGGCCAUUAACACUCUUUACGGAGAAAACCAAUUCUUGUACCUCCUGAGAGAGACAAUAUCACCUCCCACAACUGACGAGUUUGGCGAAGAUGAAAUCGUGGUCCAACACCCCAGUAUUGUUGUGGAAAACCGGGGGUCUGGAUAUGACGACAACAGCGAUGCAGAGUACACUGAAGACGAGGGCUCAACACCCAUAGAACAGUCGACUCAAGAUCCUCAGGUUGAAAUUGAUAUUCGCCGUUUCGGACACAAGUUUCGCCACAUCAAGGUUGUCGCUGAGCCUAACCGCACUGAGAAGGGCUACCUAUUGAGUAUGGCUAACGCCAUCUCCGUCUUCCGCAACCUCAAGCCUCUCAGACCGCGGAUCCACACCAUUGCCAUCGAGAUCACGCCCAGAUACGACGACGAUAUUGGCGACUUGACGUUCCUUAACUUCUUUGAGAAUACCUCUGAAGUCACCAAGGCUUUGCGGGGCCUGCCUUGCCAAUUCAUCGAAAUCUACGUCAACACAAGCGAGACUAGCCAGGAAUGCAUCAGGGUCAACAUGACGUACGCCGCAAACCUCCGACGCGCCCGUCGUGGCGAGAAGGAUCCAUGGGAGGGAGAUGUACAAAUGAAGGAGUAUAGAAGCCUCGAGGCUGGCAAGGCCCAGAGACAAAUCGACACACUCCCGUCCCUGAUUCGAGAGGCCUGGCAAAAGGACAACGCUGAAUUCCUUGAGUUGCAAAAAUCUGACGGAGAGGACACGGACGAUGACCUUCUUUGGGGGCAGGACUAUGAUUGA